GAUUCUUUACCAUAUGAGCUACCAGAGAAGCUAGAUGUACCAUUUAUUAAAACCAAACAAACACACAGCAGAGGGUAGAAAGAGGUAAGCUGAAUGGAAAGGUAACAUCUGAGCAUGCGUGCUAAUGGACCUACGUAACUGGGCGUGGCCAGUUUUGGCGGGAGGCAAUCCUGCUUCAAGCAGGAAACUUCAAGUUUCCACCCACUUUGAAAAGGCACUCCUGUCCCCGGAGAGUGAACCGUUAGGUGACCCCAUUCCUGCCUCUCUUGCCCCGCCUACUCUCCUGAUCUCCGAUUGGCCAGAUCAAGUUGGCUAACUGUUCUGAUUGGUUGAUUGUCCUUGGUCGGUUGAACUGUGGGAUUUCGUCCCGACAUCUCGUGGGAUUUCGUCCUGACGUCCAGCGGCACUUCGGCACCGCUUCACGUCUGAGACUUUCAAGAAUAUUUCCAAAUACUUCUCUAUGAAAGAGGGGGCACGUCUGGGAUACUCGGAGAAAACCACCUAUGUGAAUAUGAAGAGCAACUAUGAAACCAUGACUAGACUAGAUGAACCUCCUCAAGGGACUUCCAACAUGCAAGGGAGAAAACUCCAGAAGGUGACGCCCAAGAAGCCUGUAAAGGGAAAAAAACGUUCGAAGAUAGUACCAGGAACAUCAGGCCCAGAGCAGGCUCAGAGACAGCUGGGCUCCCGGGCAAAAGCAAGUAUCUCUGCUCAGCAGAGUAAGAAAACAUCAGGAUCCAAGAGAAAGAAGGUUUGGGCUAACAGACUGCGCAAAAGAAAACCGGUUGCCUGUGAAGAAAUCAGUGAUUCUGAGGAAGAAUCCAAUGGAAACACGGUUGAUGUUUGGGCCAACCGACUGCGAAAAAGAGAACCGGUUGCCCAAGAAGAGAUCAGUGAUUCUGAGGAAGAAUCCAAUGGAAACACGGUUGAUGUUUGGGCCAACCGACUGCGAGAAAGAAAACCAGUGGUCUAUGAAGAGAUCAGGGAGCCCGAGGAAGAAUCCAAUGGAAACACGGUUGAUGUUUGGGCCAACCGACUGCGAGAAAGAGAACCGGUUGCCCAAGAAGAGAUCAGUGAUUCUGAGGAAGAAUCCAAUGGAAACACGGUUGAUGUUUGGGCCAACCGACUGCGAGAAAGAGAACCGGUUGCCCAAGAAGAGAUCAGUGAUUCUGAGGAAGAAUCCAAUGGAAACACGGUUAAUGUUUGGGCCAACCGACUGCGAAAAAGAAAACCAGUGGCCUAUGAAGAGAUCAGGGAUCCCGAGGAAGAGGAAGAUGAAGAUGACUAACUCUCCUCACGGAUGUGACAAGUGCCCAAGAUAAGAAGCAGAACUUGGUGGCUGUUCAUGAACAUGGCACGGCUAUGAAUUCCUAGCACAUGAGAUAAACAGUUCACAACAGUUAAACAUGAUUUUCCUUACUGUGUGCCAAGCAUUAUUAGUUAUUAAAGUUGUGUUAAUGAGCAAGACAUAUA